AGACAAAGUGGGUGCGUCCGUCGAGUGUGCAGCCUGUUUUCUAAGGAGCCCAAGGGGGCGCUAUUGGGUAGAAGCGAUGUGUGAAUGCGAGCCGGCGUGUGUCUCCGGACCGCACAGGCCUGUGCAGGCUGUGCGUCUGAGAGGAGAAGAGUGAACGCCAUUUCAGUAUUGCAAAAAGGCAAAGAAGGAAUGAUUGACGAGAUGUUCAAAGGGCACACCAUGUAUCGACCAAAAAAGCCACAUUGUUCCGCGAUGCAUGUACUGGCAGUGAGCGACAAAUUUGCGGAUGUUUCUCACUCGGGCCAAAGAGAAAUGGGGGAGCGGGCAACAACAAACAGGGCCUCCGAUUGUUACAGAUACGCGUCUGUAAAUGCAAGACUGGGAGGAACCGCGUUUGUUUUUCUUCUCGCUUCGUCCCACCUGCAACAAUCAAAAUCACCUUCGGCCAAAUGCUGCAAUGCCUGCCCCAAGGACUGCGGCAGCAUCCACUUACAAUUCAGAUGCGGCCCUCUGAAUCCGGUAGUAGCUGACGCAGAUUUAAAAGACGGGCGCCUCGCUGAAGCCGCCUCAUUCUUCUUCCACCCAACCUUUGAUGCCAAGCAGGCCUCGUCUUUUUCUUUCAUCUACAUACUUUUCUGCUGAGCUUCCGAUUUCCCUUCAUUGCAACCCGUGUCAGUCGCGGCUUUUCCUGCGCCUCUCUGACGACACCAGCACCAUCACACCUGCGUAACCAGUGUUUCAUUCUAAGCCGUGAGCCUCCGCUCGUUGACCA